AUGGCUGCCAACGUCCUCGUGGACCUCACAACUCCGAACGGAAUCCGGUACCGGCAGCCCUUGGGUCUGUUCAUCAACAACGAGUUCGUCGAGUCCAAGUCCGGUGAGACAUUCCCGACAAUCGACCCCGCAACCGAGGAAGAGAUCGCCCGUGUACACGCAGCCGGUAUCAACGAUGUCGAAGAUGCCGUACGCGCUGCUCGUCAGGCCUUUGAGGGAGCCUGGUCCGACGUUGAAGGAAAAGACAGGAGUCGGCUUUUGUACAAGUUGGCCGAUCUUGUAGAGGAGAAUGCACAAGUUCUUGCCGCCAUCGAGUCGUGGGACAAUGCAGGCAAGCCAUACUCGACAGCCCUCCUAGAAGAUAUUCCAGAGGUCAUUGACGUGUUUCGAUAUUAUGCCGGUUGGGCAGACAAGAGCUACGGACAAGUGAUUCAAACAAGAGGGACCCAGCUCAACUACACUGUGCCAGAGCCAGUCGGCGUCUGCGGCCAAAUCAUUCCAUGGAACUACCCCAUCGUCAUGGCCUCCUGGAAGUUAGCCCCAGCCAUUGCUGCCGGAAACACGGUUAUCCUCAAGGUCUCGGAACAAACGCCUUUAUCCGCCCUCUUCCUCGCCAGUCUAGUCGCACCGGCCGGCUUCCCCCCUGGAGUCAUCAACAUCAUCAACGGCUUUGGGCCGGUUGCUGGUUCCGCACUUGCCUCGCAUACUAAUGUGGAUAAGAUAGCCUUUACUGGCUCUACCCAGACAGGAAAGGAGAUCAUGAAGUUAGCAUCGUCUAACCUGAAAAGUGUCACUUUGGAGACUGGAGGGAAAUCCCCUCUGAUGAUCUUUAACGACGCUGAUUUGCAUGCUGCAGUUGGAGCUGCUUAUCCGGGCAUCAUGGCUAACGCUGGGCAAAACUGCUCUGCAAACAGUCGCGUACUAGUUCAAGAAGAUAUAUACGACCGCUUCCUCAAACUGUUCAAAUCCAAGGCGGUUUCUGAUACCACCAUUGGGGACCCAUUUGACCAAGACACGUCCCAAGGGCCUCAAAUUACGCGAAUGCAAUUCGACCGCAUCCUCUCCUACAUUCAGUCUGGAAAGGAUGAGGGUGCCAAGCUUGUGCAUGGAGGCAAGGCAUAUAAGAACCUGAACGGCAAGGGCUUCUAUCUCGAGCCAACCAUCUUUAGCCAUGUAACGCCCCAGAUGCGGAUUUACCGGGAGGAGAUAUUUGGCCCUGUUGUCGUCAUCUUGCCAUUCAAGUCGGAGGACGAAGUAGUCAAGAUGGCGAAUGACACCGAGUUUGGCCUGGCAGCGGCAAUUUUUACCCGCGACAUUUCUCGAGCACAUCGCAUCACGCGAAAGAUCAAGGCCGGUAUUUUGGCGGUGGCAUCCAUGCUGACGAGGAAACAAGCCGUAUGGAUCAACAACAGUCAAACCGUGGAUCCUCGAAUUCCGUUUGGUGGCUUCAAGCAGUCAGGCAUUGGUCAGGAGCAGGGAGAGGCCGGUAUCAAGGCGUACACGAAUUACAAGACAGUGGUAGUUGAUUUGGCUCCCGAAGGGCACAGUCAAACUUCAUUGGAGCCCAAGUUGUGA